AUGACCGCACACCGCCGCUCCGACUCCCGACUCCACUACUUCCAAUCACGUCAAUCAACAUCAUCAUCAAUCAACGUCCCAAACGCCCCUCUACGGCCCACCGUAGGUGAGUAUGUGAUGAGAUUCUAUAUAGGCACACCCCCAAUGAAAAGGUGGUCCAUCAUCGACACAGGCAGUGCGUUGUCAUGGGUCCAAUGUAAGCCUUGCAUAGAAUGUUAUAAAAUGUAUCAGCCCCCAUUCGACCCUUCCAAAUCAGUGACAUUCGAUAAGGUUACGUGCAAUAAUAUCUUUUGCAAGAACGUGAACAAUGCCCGUUGCAAGCCCAAUACUAAUGUCUGCAUAUUCAGGGAGACAUAUGAUGAUGGAUCUGUGACAGCAGGUGACGCUGCCUAUGAGACGUUCAUCUUGGAGGACACCAACGGUCCCAAUAUUACGCUUGAAAGCAUCAUCUUCGGUUGUAGCCAUGAAAUCACUGGACCCUAUGAUGAAAAUGAGGAUGGGUUGGUGGGCCUCAGCAGGGAUCCGUAUUCGUUUGUUAGGCAGAUAGGGGCCUUUAAAUUCUCCCAUUGCUUGGUCCCGUUCUAUUAUCACAGAACGAUGAGCAAGAUCUUUUUUGGAAAGCAAGUUCAACUUAAAGGCGAAUUUACACCCAUGUUAAAGGUUAAGGGCCAAGAAGAGUUUUAUCAUCUCAGUCUCGACGGCAUCAGUGUCGGUAAGAACCAUCUUCCAAUCAAAGAAGAACUAUUCCACGCCAACGAGAAGGGUGAGGGAGGAUUCAUAAUUGACUCGGGCACAACAUACACAUAUCUCGCAAAGGAAGGUCUCGACGCCUUAAUCAGUGCAUUGGAUGAUGAGAUAUUUCUAGACCCAGCUGAGGACCCUGAUGGAAUACUUCAUUUGUGUUAUAAUGUUGAUUCGUUCGAUGACUUUGAGAUCGUGCCGGACAUAACGUUUCAUUUCACUGAUGCCGAUCUAGUCCUACCCAAGAUAGGAACCUACAUUGAAGUAGAAAAUGGCAUAUUUUGCCUUGCCAUGAAGCCAAGCACCAGUGUUUCAAUCUUAGGAAAUCUAUUACAGCAAAACCGCAUUGUGGCCUAUAACCUUGAGAAGGAAUUGGUUGCUUUUGCCAAGGCUGACUGUACCAAAUUCUAA